GCCGACACUGUGACCGCAGCACUGAUUUGGACUGAGUGUGCAGCAUCGUGCUCUGAUUCCACGCAGCAGAUUAAUGAUCAUCAGGGCUCGUUAUGGGCUAACACUGAAUCGCCAGCAGAAACAAAUUGCUGUUCAAACUCUCUGCCUUCAUCCUAUCUGCAGUGAGGAGUAACCACUCUAGUCUAAAAGAGUCCGCAGAAGCGGCUCUGGUGACGUGCUUUGAACCCCUGAUUAGCUCUACCAUGGAUGGGAAGAUCUGCCAACUCCAGCUGGGACGAGGAGCUGCUGGGCGCUUGCUGGGCUCGGGGCUCUACGCCCCACUGUGGCAGAAAACAAUCGGCCAAUUCGAAGGCGCCUUUUCUCUCACUGUGUCAUGACGCAGGUUUGAAUAUGAUGGGAUGUAACAUUAACCAGAAGAUACAGUCGUGGAAACAAUUGAGACCACAGCACAAUUUUUUGUUUCACUAAUUUCUCAAUUUACAGGUCUGCGUUUAUGAAUAAUCUCACUGAUGAAGGGCUUCUUUCCUGUUUUAUGGGACUAACGUCCUGCUUCUAGGAGCCGGAUACAAACUGUCCCAGCAGUGCACUUCACACCACUCAAUGUUUCCCUUUCUUUUUGAAGGUCACUUGAGGUCACCCUCCGAUUCUUGACAAACUGUCAGAUGAGCUAACGGCCAUCUCUGGCAUUAGAGAGUUGCUUCUGUCUUCUGCCUGGCUGGUUUCUGGUUGUUCCCAGUGUCUCCUGCUUCACUGUAUUCUUGUGUACUGCUUUCUUAAAAACUUUGAACCUGGAAGCAUCCUGCUGCUCAGUGUAGCCUUCUGCCAGCAGAACCACGAUUAAACCAGGAUUUAAAAAUAAGAUUUUUUUAGAGUGUUCUCUUAAUUUUAUCCGCAGCUGUAUGUAACAAAGUUGCUCUGGCGAAAUUAUUAGACGUUGGUUUGUUGUGGUUGUGCUGAUGUGCAUAACUGCAGUGUUUAUAGGGAUUCUACGUUCUCUCGCCACCCUCACCGAUAGCCAAAGACCCUGUGCUACCAGGGUAAAGCUAAGGCAGUCCUUUACAUUUGUAUGAGAGCCCCCUUCUGUAAUGUCCCUCAGAGACCGCAUUAGCGAUGCCCCCCGUUCCGCCGUAGCCGUCAUUGCAGCAUCCCAGGCUGGAGUAUGGCCCUAAUACCUAUCGCCCAGAGGUGACGUGCAGCCGAUGGUGGCUGAUAAUCACGCCCUUGCGAACGAACCAAAGAGUGACGUGCGAGUAUCGAGCGCCCUGCAUUGCUAGUUACUCUGCAGCUGUUUACUGUAAUACGCAGUCGCGCGUUUUGUCAUUUUUUUAAACACAGGACCUAUUGUGGUGGGGUUGAGAUGCCUUGCCACGCUUUGCCGGGUGGAAAUAGAUUUCUAAAUAAUUAAACGUACACCUCAAAAUAGUGUGUGUAGGAGUGAAAACGCAGAUUCAAGUCUGUGUUGCUUGUCAGAUAUGUGCAUGUAAUUAAUAUAUAAUCUGCAAUACUGAUAUGCAUUUGUGAAAAUACGCAAAACGCUUAUAUUGUAUUUUUAAUAUAGUAAAACCUCUACAGCUAAUUGCCAAAGGGUGGGCUGCGUAUAAAUAGCCCGGCUGGUCCUUGGCCCGUAAGGGGGCGCAGCAGAUCGGGUGGAGGGGAUGCAGCCUCCGCGACCGGCCCCACCGCCGGUUCAUUUAUAAUACGCCCUAUGUGCUUCCCCUUCUUUUUUUAAUCAUGAUUCUGCCCGGCUGUCGUCGGUGGCUCCGUAAUCUGAUCGCUUUAAACUGCUCUUUGUAUGUAUGUGUAUUUUCCUUUCUUGUGUUUAAAUGCACAGCAUCGAGAAAGGAUGCGUAUUCAGAUGACAGGUGGUUGGGUAAACAACACUCCAUAGACCAAUAUGGAAUUAUUCACCCGAUGUGGUCGUAUCCUGCCAGACACAGGAGGUCACCUGGGAAUCCAGCCGACCAGGCCUGGGAUGCAGAGGUGAUUAUUACAGCUGAGGGAAGACAGCUGAUGCUUCAGCUCCAGAGGAACAAGCAGCUGUUUUCCCCCAGAUACAAGGAGACGUGGUACAGCCCAGAUGGGGCCCGGCGCACCUUCUCCCCACACCAGGAGAGCUGCUUUUUCCAUGGUGUGGUGGCAGGAGAGGAUGACUCAAGUGUGGCUGUCAGUGGCUGCGGGGGGCUGAGGGGCCUGAUCACUGUCAACAGCAGCAUGACGUACCUCAUCGAGCCACUGGCCGGGCGGGGGGGGCUCGGAACCAGCGGGCAUGCCGUCUACCGCGCGGAGCACCUCCGGCUCCCCAAAGGCACCUGCGGGCAUCGCCACAACCACGCAGCUCAAGUGCUGGAGGACCUCAUCCACGGGAUGGCGCAGGCGCCCCCUAGUGGCAGGGAAAAACGGGACAUGAGCGGCAGCAUGAAAUACGUGGAGCUGCUGCUUGUGGCUGAUCACGCUGAGUUCCAGAAGCACGGCAGGGAUUAUCAACGCACCCGCAUGAAACUGCUGGAAGCUGCAAACCACGUGGACAAGUUCUACAAGGGCCUCGACAUCCGCGUGGCGCUGAUUGGCCUGGAGAUCUGGACGGACGAGGACAAGAUCAGCGUUUCUGCGAACCCCUACAGCACCCUGGGCUCCUUCCUGGCCUGGAGGCGCAAGCAGCUGCGUCUCUCACCCAAUGACAACGCCCAGCUCAUCACGGGAAUCUCCUUCCAGGGAACCACCAUUGGACUGGCACCGCUGAAUGCCAUGUGCUCCGAGUACCAGUCAGGCGGAGUGAACUCGGACCACUCGGAGAGUGCAGUGGGUGUGGCAGCCACCAUGGCCCAUGAGAUGGGCCACAAUUUCGGGAUGAGCCACGACACCCCUGGGUGCUGUCUUGCGCGCGCCAACGACGGGGGUUGCAUCAUGGCCGCCUCCACGGGUCACCCCUUCCCAAAAGUGUUCAACGCCUGCAACAAGAAGGAGCUACAGCGCUACCUGAGCUCUGGGGGGGGGAAGUGCCUCUCCAACCCCCCCAACACCAGCACCAUGUAUGGGGGCCCUCGCUGCGGCAACGGCUACCUGGAGGACGGCGAGGAGUGCGACUGCGGGGACGCGGAGGAAUGCUCCAGUCCGUGCUGCAAUGCUCAUAACUGCACGCUGAAGGCAGGAGCCCAGUGUGCACACGGCGUCUGCUGUGAGAACUGCAAGCUGAAGAGCCCAGGGGUGUUGUGCCGCCCUGCCUCGGGGUCAUGUGACCUCCCGGAGUACUGCGACGGAAAGUCAGAGUCCUGCCCCGCCAACUUCUACCUGAUGGAUGGGACGACGUGCCUGGGCGGGCUGGCCUACUGCUACACGGGCAUGUGCCUGACAUUGGAGCAGCAGUGCCUCUCCCUCUGGGGACAAGGAGCCAGUCCUGCGCCCGACCUGUGCUUCAUGGAGGUUAACAAGGCCGGCGACUCUUAUGGCAACUGUGGCAAGGACACAACGGGGGAGUACAGGAGGUGCCGGGAAAGGGAUGUGAAAUGCGGUAAGAUCCAGUGUCUGAGCACCGCACCCAAGCCCCUGGAGAGGAACGCUGUAGCCAUCGACACCAACAUCCCGCUGGGUGUCGACAAGGUCCUGUGCAGGGGGACCCACGUGUACCAGAGCAGCCAAGGGGACACGUUGGACCCGGGCCUGGUGAUGACUGGAACCAAGUGUGGUCAAAAUGGGAUCUGCUUCGAGGGAGAGUGCCGCAACGCUUCCUUCCUGCAGGCCAACGACUGCAGCAGCAAGUGCCACAGUCACGGGCUGUGCAACAACAACCACAACUGCCACUGCACAGACGGCUGGUCACCACCCAGCUGUGUGCUUGAGGGGACAGGUGGCAGCAUCGACAGCGGCCCGGUUCCCCCCCGCAGCCGACAGCUUCUCCUCUGCAUCCUCCCCUUUGUCUUCCUGGGUCUGGGAGCUGCAGCUCUCUGGUACAGUUGCAAGAAAAGGCGCUGGCACAAGAGGAAUCACGUCCCUUCAUCCACAUCCACUGUCCCUGUUAGCCACGGAGCACUUGGCACGCAUGUCAACCAGCAGAAGAAGCAGGGGCCGGACGGAGAGGUGGGUCGCCGGCAGAGCCCAGCCGGUCCCUCCAGGGUCCGGUCCUCCAUAGUGCGUCCCACUGAGAAACCACCGCCUGUACCGGCCUACGCCCUACCACAGAAAACUCCCCGAAUACCCCCAUCCAGACCACCCCCAGUAUUCCAGCAGCCCAUUUCCGUCUCAGCUAAACCUCGGCCUGAGCCCCCCCAAAGACCCCCUCCCCCUCACGUGUAUGCUGAAGAGUGGCCCCAGCCUGACCCCAACCCUAACCCCAACCAUGAAGGCCAACCGGUGCCCCCUAAAGGUCACAAACCGAAAGCCAGUAUUCAGAAUGACCUCAGUGGCGAAAGCUGAGGACAGUCCUGCUUGGAAUUCUUGGUAUCAGGUCAUCAUAAAUUGCACUCUUGGUCUUUUGAAGCAUCCCUUUACAAGAACAUAAUUAGCUGCGGGGGAUCUGUAAGAUGGUUAAAAUCCCUAGUAUUCAAUCUGCCUUACAUACUUGAAAUUUGAAAUCCUGUAUACUUGUAAUUUUUGUCGCAUAAAUAAGAGUAUUACAUGGCUUGUUGAAUAUCAGUAUGUGACAUGCUGAUCUGGCUUUUAUUGUCAUAAUAUUACCAUUGUAGUUCAGGAAAAAAGCAUGAGUAAAUUAUGAAGUCACUUAGCUAAACAUUGUGUUUUGUGAACAGAACAGUGUGAGAGAGAUUUCAGGAGGAGAGAAGGGGAGCCCGGAGCUUUCAGCUGGUGGUACUGGGCAGAUCUCUCCCAUCUCCCAUCAGGCUAGACAGAGCCACUCUCCGCUGAGUAGUAGCAAUAACUUUGGGCUGUGAAAGAUAAUGGGUACAAGCAGCUGCCAAUUCCCCCUUUACAUUUUUCUGGGCCUGAACCGCUGGAGUGUCUGGGCGCUGGGGCUCAUGGUGCUAAACUAAUCAGUUUUGUUCAUUCUUUGCAUCUGGAAAAAAUGUUGUUGGACAUUGGCUGAAUUGUACAUAUAAACUCACAGAUACAGCUGAGUAACGCACUGUAAAUAUAAUUUCAGGAACAUUUUGUAAAUAGUACGCAGCAAAGAAUGGAGCCAGAAGGCAGCCGGUUUGAGCAGAGCCACAGAUCCUUCACAGGUUAAAAGCUAACGCCAGACAUUUCAGGUUUUAGAAGUUUACAGUGCAGUUUCUCAACAAACUUAAAAAUUUAGUUCUUCACAGAGUCCUGCUCUGCCAGGCUGCUGUUGUCCAUGAGUCUGAUGUCAGUCAGUAUGCACAUGACAGAAAGCCAGAGCGAAGACCGCGGCCAGCAAGCCCCCUGAGUGUCACGUCACUGUUGAUAGACCAGGGAGCUGCAAAUACAGAGACAAUUCUUUAAAUAUCAAGUAGAUGAAGGUCUCGCCUACCUUUGAAAGAUGAAAAGGUAUGCUGGUUUUUCACAGUGUCAACUGGCAUAUCAGAGAUGCUUCUGUGUGACAAAGUUGAGUUUAUAGAAUUAUUUCUUACGUUUACUUUCUGCGAGCUUUAUGUGACAUUAAAAACCCAGCACCUCAAAGCAUGUAUUCAAUAAUGCGGUUCAGAAUAGAGGGAAAUUGGGAAAUGAUUUUAAGCUUACUUUUUUUGCACUAUAUUGACUAUUGAUGUAGAUUACAUAAACAAAGGCCUUGUUUAAAUAUAUUUCUGGACCUAUGCAAAACAGCUUGUGAGGUACAUUGUGCCUUUUUGUUAUUUUACACGAAUAUUAAACUUAUUAAAUGGAA